AUGAAUACUAACGCAAAGCAACAAUACACCUACCGAUCAGAAGACUGGCCGUGGGUUUGGGCCAUCCGGAAUCCGGAAAUACUCGAUUGCAACAGGGCUCUCCAACAAGAUGAGAUUAGGACACUUGCUCUGAUGCAGAACCAAAUCCGAUACGUUCCGCUCCCAGUUUCGGAUAAUCUGUUGAUCGGAUGUAGGCACAGUGUUCUCAAUUCGGAAGUUCUAAAAGAAAUGGGGAUCACUCACGUCCUUAACAUGGCUGGUCCCCACUGCAAACUUCCUGUUGAAGACUUUGUCAAGACUGGCAUCGUUUACAAGGAACUUGAUGCCCAAGACGACGAAGAGUACCCCUUGUUGGAAUUGCAUUGGCAGGAAGCAAGGGUCUUCAUCAAUGGAGCAAGAGAGAAGAAUGGGAAGUGCGUGGUGAAUUGUGGCGGUGGAAUGAAUCGGUCGGGACUGAUUGUUGCCGCAGCAAUGCUGUGUGAGGAGGACAAGAAGAGGACUGUGUUGGAAGUGGUCCGCGAUCUUCGAAAAGUUCGGGGAAAUUGGGCGUUGGCAAAUGAGUUUUUCCAGGAGCAGCUUGUGGCCUUGGCGCGAAGCCACGGUCGUUUGGGACCCGCCCCUGGUGAGGAUGGAUCGUUUGUUGACGAGAGCCCCCCAGCAGAAGUUAUGCGCGUCUCAGAAGCGGAGCAACCAGAUGGGCUUUUGCUUCUCACUAAUUACUAG